GUUCGGGCAGCUGCUGGAGCUGCGGCCGGGGGAAUUUGUGCGGGAGGUGACGGAGGCCUCAGCAGAAGACCCCGACGCAGCAGCAGCAGCAGCAGCAGCAGAUCCGCAGCAGCAGCAGGAGCAGCAGCAGCAGCAGCAGCAGCAGCAGCAGCGGGGCACAUGGGUGGUGGUGCUGGUGUACGAGGAGGGCGUGGAGGCCUGCGAGCUGCUGAGUGCUGCUUUUGCUGCUGCUGCAGUGCAGCACAAAGACAUAAAGUUCAUAAAAGCUAGCAGCAAAUUAAUUCUCGAAAAUUUUCCCAAAAACAAACUUCCUCUCGUGCUGCUGUACUUCGGCGGCUGCUGCAGCAAACAGCUGCUGGGGCUGCAGCACUGGGGCGGCGCGGCGGUGUCUGCCGCUGCAGUGGACCGCGCGCUCCGCCGCUACGGAGUGCUGCGCAGCAAACCCGAGGAAACCUCCAGCGAAGACUCUGAAGAAGAAGAAAAAGAAAAAGUCCGAAGCAAGGGUUACUCUUCCACAACCCUCGACAGGCUCCUCAGCCGCAAACCCUAA